UUAGAGAUGCUCGCCGGGGCUCCCAAACCAACAGUUGCGACAGUUACGUUUCGUGCGUCAUAUCAAACACCCAGACUAUGAUCAAGAUCACUCAUAGACAUCUGCACAACUAAAAACAAUUCCGACUCAAGUAGUGGAAGUGCUAAUCAUAUAGUGAGUGUUGCCUCAAUCAAGAUGUGCAGUAAUGAAACAACGCCAACGUCGCCAACCCCCCGACUACCCGUACCAUUCGGAUUGGAAAAUGGCCCCAGGGGAAUCUUCCCAAUUGACCAGUAUCGUCUACAGUUGUACCAAUACGCCGUAGCUGGCAGACUUCGAUAUCCUUUGUUCAAUCCAUUCCCUACACCUCUACCCUGUUAUCCAGCGCUUUUUCCACGGGUGCUACAACCUGAAGAACCCAAACCCCAACAUAGUUACAUCGGACUCAUCGCGAUGGCUAUCCUCGGGGCGCCGGAAGCUAAACUAGUCCUUUCCGACAUCUACCAACACAUCCUAGACAACUACCCGUACUUCCGCACCCGAGGCCCAGGCUGGCGUAACUCCAUCAGACACAACCUAUCACUGAAUGAUUGUUUUAUCAAAGCCGGAAGGUCUGCGAAUGGUAAAGGACACUACUGGGCUGUGCAUCCCGCGAAUGUGGAAGAUUUCCGCAAGGGGGACUUUCGCCGACGGAAAGCGCAACGCAAAGUAAGGAAACACAUGGGUCUAGCCGUAGAUGAAGACGGGGCUGACUCACCUAGUCCACCACCACUAUCAGUAUCACCUUCUGGAGUCCCUGGACCUUCAACUGCAGUAUUCCCUAGUAUGCCCGCAUUGACAAACCGAAGAGGACCAUCACGAAAAAGACAAUUUGACGUCGCAUCAUUACUCGCACCAGAUUCAGGGGAUGAAACCGCCGAGGAAGAUAUUGAUGUUGUUUCUGCUGAUCACCAACAGGAGUUACAUCCUACAACAGCAGCGUCAGCAGCCGCGGCGGUAGCCGGAAGAACAUGGCCGAUAUUUCCGAUUGUCAACUACUAUCAAGCGCUGCUGCAAGCGCGACCGACGGAGACCAACGACGCGAGUAACAGUGCGGAUGAGACAAAAUGCGGACCAUUUCUGGAACGUGCACUUAUGUGAUUUAGUUUAGUAUUUAUUAUUCCGUUGUGUAAGAUAAGAAGAUUCUCCACGUGCGUGCAAUUCAGUUUUAAUGAUUUUGCUAUAUUCUAUAUUACUCUGUAUAUAAUUAUUAUUCUUCCAAGGAAGCGCAAAACGAAUUUAUGUAAAAUGUAAAAUGUCAAAUACUUGAUAAUCAAACUACAAACAUAUGUGUAAAUAUAGUACAACAUACAAAACAUACAAUCAACUAUCAAACAUAAA